AUGCUGCCUCCUCUAUGUGUCAUUAAAGGGAAAACGGUUAAAACUCUACAAUCCCUACGGACACAGGAUGCCCCAGUAAAUACAAAAUUCAGUGUGUCCGAUUCUGGAUGGACGAAAAUGGGAAUUAUGGAAAGAUGGUUCAAAGACCAUUUCCUCCCCUUGAUCGGUCCACAGAGACCACAGCUUCUGUUGAUGGAUGGCCACAACAGCCAUAACUACGUUGAGCUGCUAACAGAAGCGAGAGACAACAAUGUCAUCAUAGUGGAGCUACCUGAGCAUACAUCUCAUUGGCUGCAGCCUCUAGAUCGGACUGUUUUUGGACCAUUCAAAAAAGCCUAUAACAAAGCCUGUACUAACCUUAUGAAUGACAAUCCGGGUACAGUGGUGUCCAAAGUAACCUUUUGUGGGUUAAUGCAAAAGGCGUGGACAGAAGGCAUGACAGAGGGAAAUUUGAAGAGUGGGUUUAAAGCAUAUGAUGUUUAUCCACUAAACCCAGGGGUGAUACCUCAGGAUGCAUAUCAACCCAACUCUGCCACACGAAUGGAAAAGGUGAGUGUGCACGGAGUCCCUCAGGAAAUUCAGGCCACUAUUGCCCAUCAGGAGACUCCGGCCACUGGUGUCCCUCCAGAGACUCCGGUCACUGGUGUCCCUCCAGAGACUCCGGCCACUGUUGUCCCUCAGGAGACCCUCGUUACUGUUGUCCCCCAGGAGACUCCGGCCAUUGGUGUCCUUCAGGAGACUCCGACCACUGUUGUCCCUCAGGAGACCCUCGUUACUAUAAAGUUGAUCAGACAUUGA